AUGUUUCGUAAAUUCGCUCGUAGCGCUCCCCGUAAUGUGUCGUGUCCCGCAUUCGCAAUUGGCUGUGACAAAUGCAGCCCCAUAUCCAUUCUAAGACCUGAACUAGUAAUAGAAGAACGAAGAUGGUACCCCUAUCCUAAGGUGAUAAGACAUUACAUAGAGAAGCCGAAAGAAAAGAAGGUAAACUGCUUAAAAAAGUCGUACCGCAAGCUUGUGGAGGAAUGGAGACAGAGGGCACAAAGAAAGGAGGACGAAAAACGCAUGCUCGAAGCAAAGGAGCGAAUAGAGAGGGAGCGAUGUUUGAGGGAACUGCGGCGCUUACAUUCCUACCAUCAAACAUUAUGCAAUAGGACACAAUCCUUCCCGGAGUUCAGUAAGGACAUGAACAAGAUAUGCAGUACGAAAUCCAAAAUCAAAUGGAAAUCGCGCUCAGUCUCCGCAAACAGGGACCAAGAAAAAAGCACCAAAAAAGGCUGCUGCAGCGGUUUCAGUUUCAUCCGUUUCGGCUGCAACAUCUUAUGUUUCAUGACCGUUAUAACCAUAAUCGGUGUCACAAUACUCUUUUUUGUC